AUGAGUAAUGAUCGUACUGAGAGACUGACGCAGCACGGGCAAAGAAGCUCACUGCUUAACCCCCGAGCUCCUCAGUUCUCUCACCACCCGUCCGGUAUCCUUGAUUAUCAGGGCUUCCCCAGCAACUAUCUUUUCGACACCGCUUCUGGAAGCCGCUCCGUUUCAGAUAGCAUUCUUCAGAAGAAUCACAAGAAGAACACAGGACAUAUUCCCUCGCGAAGCAUUUCGGUUGAUUUUCCAUCCCAGGAACUGAAGAUCAAGCUGCCCAAUUCAGCGGCAAACCCCAAGGGUAGCUGCAAAUACAUGGACUACCUGUCUGCAAACAACGUGCAAGCUUGGCAUCCUCACCGCAUCAGAGACAGGGACCUUACUGGUGUAGUCCCGACCUGUAAAGAGCACCAACACUUCGUAGCAGGCUCCGGAGACUCUAUCUGCCAGCAAAGUAAGAUUUACUACCGCCGCACUUUCACGCCUCUUGAGACAUCGGGACGGGGAACUAACAGCACUCCAGGCAACAGCUCCUUGGCCAUCGGUUAUGAGAACCGACGACCUAAUAUCCACAGCAGGGCGGCCUCACGAUCCAGCAGUCAGAAGCUGCAGUUCGAAAGUCAGGAAGCGGGUCGCAUAGCCGCCCACAGGGCAGCCUUUGACGAUGCCAGGGUCUUUGAGGACGAUAGCGAGUUCUAUCCUGGUAAGGUCAUUGACGAAUACGGCGAAGCCUAG